AUGUUUUACCAUAUGUGGUUUACGAGAUGGCUCGCCAUUUUUGCUUUAAUAAAAAUCUCAUCAUCCCUUCCGUCAUCUGAGGACUACAAAGUGGCUUAUGAGUUAUUGCCAGGGUUAUCUGAGUUGGACGACCCUUCAAAAAUUCCACAAAUGCAUGCUGGCCAUAUUCCGUUACGUUCCGAAGAUGCAAGUGAACAGGAUGACUCCAACCUGCAGUAUUUUUUUUGGAAAUUUGCAAAUAACGAUUCUAAUGCUAGCAUCGAUCGUCCUUUAAUCAUUUGGCUAAACGGUGGCCCCGGUUGCUCUUCCAUGGAUGGCGCUUUAGUCGAAUCUGGCCCUUUUAGGGUAAACUCAGAUGGCAGACUUUAUCUAAAUGAAGGGUCCUGGAUAUCUAAAGGUGACCUUUUGUUUAUCGAUCAACCUUUCGGUACCGGAUUUUCUGUCGAAGAAAGAAAAGGUGCUGUCGACACAAGCAAAUUCGAUGAAGACCUAGAAAUUGUGACUAAACACUUUAUGGAUUUCCUCGAAAAUUACUUCAAAAUUUUCCCUGAUGAUCUCACAAGAGAAAUCAUAAUUUCGGGUGAAAGUUACGCUGGGCAAUAUAUACCAUUCUUUGCCAACGCCAUUUUAAAUCAUAACAAAUUCUCAAAGAUUGAUGGUAAUACUUAUAACUUGAAAGCGCUAUUGAUUGGUAACGGUUGGAUUGACCCCAAUACACAGUCUCUAUCAUACCUUCCGUUUGCUAUGGAGAACAAACUGAUCGAUGAAACUAAUCCUAACUUCAAACGUUUAACUAAGGCACACGAAAAUUGUCAGAAUUUAAUAAACUCCGCUCCUACAGAUGGAGUAAACCAGUUUUCGUAUCAAGAGUGUGAAAAUAUUCUCAACAGUUUGUUGCUUUAUACAAAGGAAUCAUCACAGAAAGGAAGUACGGACUGUCUGAAUAUGUACAACAUCGAUUUAAGAGAUAGGUAUCCAUCAUGUGGUAUGAAUUGGCCAGAGGAUAUUUCUUAUGUCAAAAAAUUCUUCAGUACCCCCGGUGUUAUUGAUUCACUGCAUCUUGAUUCUGAUAAAAUUGACCAUUGGGAUGAAUGUACUAAUGAUGUUGGAAAAAAAUUAUCCAACCCUACUUCAAAGCCAUCCGUCCACUUAUUACCGAAAUUACUUGAAAGUGGCAUCGAAAUUGUCUUGUUCAAUGGUGACAAAGAUUUGAUUUGCAAUAACAAGGGUGUUUUAGAUACCAUAAAGGGUUUACAAUGGGAUGGAUCAAAGGGGUUCAGCGACAAUGCCGUCUUAUUCGAUUGGAUCCAUAAAAUGAAUAGCACAGAUGAGAACAAUGUAUUUAGCGGAUACGUGAAGUAUGACAGAAGGUUGACAUUUAUUAGUGUCUAUAACGCUUCCCACAUGGUACCCUCUGAUAAAAGUUUAGUGAGCAGAGGUAUUGUUGACAUUUAUUUGAACAAUGUUAUGAUAUCUGAUAUUGAUGGAAAAAAUGUUAUGAUUACCACUGACGACAAUGGUGGUGAGGAUGGUUCUACUGAAAACAAUGCUGAAUCAAAAGAAAAUAUUCAAGGUGAACAAGAAGUGCAGAAAGAAGAAGAAAAAGAAAAAGAUGGUAAAAUUGAUGAAGGUAGUAAUGAAGACGGCGAUCAUGGGGAAGACGACGAUCAUGGGGAAGACGACGAUCACGAGGAAGAUGACGAUCACGAGGAAGAUGACGAUCACGAGGAAGAUGACGAUCACGAGGAAGAUGACGAUCACGAGGAAGAUGACGAUCACGAGGAUGACGAGGAUGACGACGAUGAAAAACACAAUAACCAAGGCCUCGAAGAUAGCAGGCACAAAACUCAAGAAUAUGAACAACAAGAAGAACAAGUAGAAGAGUUUGCAGAGGAAAUUUCAAUGUACAAACAUAAAGCCGUGGUAGUUACUAUCGUAGCAUUCUUGGUGGUUGUUAUUGGAGUGUACUUGUAUGAUAGAAGAGCGAGGAGAAAAGCGCAUCACACAAUUCUAGUUAAUCCAAAUAACAGACAACAUGAUAGUCCCAAUAAGACUGUUUCGUGGGCAGAUGACUUGGAGAGAGGAUUUGGAGUGGAGGAUGACUUAGAACAUGAUGAGCAGUUAGAAGGCAGAGUACCUGCAAAUAGUAAGUCCAAUGAUUCAAGUUCCAAAACGAAGAGUAAAAAUAAAAAGAAAUAUACUAGUCUUCCGAGUACUGAAAUUGAUGACUCUUUCGAGAUGACUGAUUUUUGA